CUGUUCUUGUUUUGCUUCAUUUUUUCUCAUCUGUAGCGCCUGGAAGCCCCAACCUCUAACGUAACAAUUUAUGAAGCUAGUAUUUUGAUUCUAAAAGUAGCGGGAAUACGGUAAAAACUCAUAGUCUGUGAUUACACUAUUUAAUUGUCAAGAGGUUGUACAGGAUUCAUCCCUGCUGGAUCCUUCGUCCGCCGCCAUCGUGCGAAGAGGCGCAGCCGAUCCCAGGCCUCCAAUCCAGGGCGGAGGGAGGGAAGGAGGUCGCUGGGAAUCGGGAUGGAGACCGGAGAGGGAGCUGACGGUCCAGGCGGGCCGGGCGGACACGAGCCAGGGCUUGGGCUUGGCUGCGCCUCUUUCAACCAAGACUCCACGUCAUUGGCUGUGGGAACCAAGACUGGAUACAAGCUCUUCUCUGUGACCUCUGUGGACAAGCUGGACUGCAUCCAUGAGAGCGAAACCCCAGACGUGUACAUCGUGGAGCGCCUGUUCUCCAGCAGCCUGGUGGUGGUGGUGAGCUCCUCCAUGCCUCGCCGCAUGAACGUCUACCACUUCAAGAAGGGAACUGAGAUCUGCAACUACAGCUACUCCAACAACAUCCUGGCAGUCCGCCUCAACAGACAGAGGUUGGUGGUGUGUCUGGAAGAGUCUGUCUACAUCCACAACAUAAAAGACAUGAAGCUGCUGAAGACCCUGCUCAACACACCAUCCAACCCCUCAGGCCUGUGUGCUCUCUCCAUCAACCAUUCCAACUCUUACCUGGCCUACCCCGGCAGUUCCACCAUCGGAGAGAUUAUAGUCUACGAUGCCAACAACCUGAGCACGGUGACGAUGAUCCCUGCCCACGACAGCCCUCUGGCCGCUCUCACCUUCAACGCCUCAGGAACCAAGCUGGCCAGCGCCUCGGAGAGGGGCACUGUCAUCAGAGUGUUCUCCAUCCCCGAGGGCCUGCGUCUGUUUGAGUUCCGUCGAGGGAUGAAGAGGUACGUGAACAUCAGCUCCCUGUCCUUCAGCCCUGAUGCUCAGUUCCUCUGCGCUUCCAGCAACACAGAGACGGUGCACAUCUUCAAACUGGAGCAGCACGGGGCGAGCGGAGAGGAGGAGGCCCCGACCUGGUCGGCGUACGUGGGGAAGAUGUUCUCCGCCGCAAGCAGCUACCUGCCGGCCCAGGUGUCGGGGAUGAUGAGUCAGGACCGAGCCUUCGCCACCGUGCGCCUCCUGGUGUCCGGACAGAGGAACGUCUGCACGCUCGCCACGAUCCAGAAACUUCCACGGCUGCUGGUGGCCUCUGCAGAAGGCCAGCUCUUCAUCUACAACGUGGACCCUCAGGACGGGGGCGAAUGUGUGCUGGCCCACAAACACAGACUGUUUGGUGUCGAUGAGGACUGUGAGGAGGAGGAGGGUCGGUCUGAGGUAGCGAUGCCUGCCCAGGCCUGUCCCUCUUACGCUGCCACUGUUGCCAUACCAACCACUGCGCCGGUCACUGCCACACUUACAGGGUACUCUGAAGACGGCGGGGCCAGGAAGGGGGAGGUCAUCCCGGAGCACGAGUUCGCCGCUGGGCCUGUCUGUCUGGACGACGAGAACGAGUUUCCUCCUAUAAAUUGGUGCCGUGACGGAACUCGAGGUGGCCAGGGGAGGCGUUCGUGAGUGGGUAUAAGGACAGGCGGACAGACAGACAGGUGGACACGCAGGUGUGGAGCGGCGGGUGACCACACGCACACACACACCUGGAGAGAGAGGAUCCGCAAGGCAUGAGCCAGGACAAAAAUAAUAAAUGAAUCAAAUCUGGGUGCUAAAUUUACUUUUCAUUUAGUAAGAGUAGAGGCUAAUAAUAAUCAUGAGGAGGACGUUUCGGUUUCAAAUGUCAGUUCCUAAUUUCAAAGGGGACACGUUUGUUACCCAGGGACUGUGACAGGUUUGUUUUAUAUCAUGAGCGUAUGAGGUGCAUGCCUGGACAGAACUAUAACCUUCUUUUUUUUAAUACAUUCAUACAUUACUUGAGAUAUUUUAUUAAGUUGUACAGUACUGUGAUAACAUCAUGAUUUUGAUUAUGUUCAUUAUUAACAUUAUGGUAUUUAACUGAAAGAUAAGGACUUUUUUUUUAACCCUUUUUACUAUGUUUCUUUUGAAUCUGUAUUUUGCUGUAAUGAUACGCAUAUUCAAUGUUUUUGUAUGUGCCUAUGAUAUAGUUUGUGCGUUUGUGGAUUGCACAAGGCCCCAAAAAAACAACACACAAACAAAACAAAGAAAUAAAGUAGACUAGAAAUGCAAUUA